GAGAUACACUGAGCAAGAAAGGAAGUCAGAGCUUAAAAAAAAAAAAAAAAAAAAAAAGAAUAAUGUAGUGAGACGUAUUUCUAAGUUAGUGGGAGCCUUUCUCCAUCGCGAAUUCUACUUGACUGAUGCUGAACCGUGACCACACCACGCACCGUUGCUAGUUAGCUCCUCGUGCUAGCAGUAUGAGAGACUUGCGUUUGGGAAACACUUAUUGCUCCAAGCUGCCGAGAACCUACUGGGUGAUUAUGAACGUGGACGGAGCCUGAGCACAGUGACGAGACACUACUGAAGGAGUGCAUUGCCAAACUAUAUCUAACAGCAUCCUGCAUCCCAGGAACGAAGUCGCAAGGAAAUGGGCCCCUAAAUAGACUGUUGAUGGCAGCGAAAAGGAAAUACAUGGACACAGAAUUACCCCCUCAGGAAUCUGAAGACCUCUUCCAGGAUUUAAGCCAACUCCAAGAGACGUGGCUCACAGAAGCUCAGGUUCCUGACAGUGAUGAACAGUUUGUUCCUGAUUUCCAUUCUGAGAACUCGGUGGCAUUUCACAGCCCUCCAGUCACCAUCAAGAAGGAACCGCAGAGCCCCGGCUCCGACCCCAGCCAGUCCUGUAGCCACAAGCAGAGCUUCAGCUACCCCAGUGGAGAGCAGUGCCUUUAUGCCAGUGCCUAUGAGCAGAAAAGGGCUGCGGGAGGAGCUAAGAGCUCCUGCCCAGGGACCCCGAUGUCCCCCAUGCAGCAGCAUUACUCCCCCAAACCUGCCACGGCCGGACGGCCCGAUGCUGGCUACAUGAACCCAGCUGCCACUUCCCAGCCACUUCCCAGCAACAGUUACCCCAUCAACACCAGUUCCAGGUUUCAGGGCCCUUCAGGUGACCCCAUGUGCCCUCAGUUCCCCCCACCGGGGCAGGCCUUUCAGCGCAUGCCAUCUGCCCCAGCUGGACAUGGCAGCGGCGGGGGUGGUGGUGGAGGGGGCGGAGGGCCAGCGGGCGGAGGAGGUGGUGGUGGUGGCGGCGGCGGCGGCGGCGGCGGGGGUGGGGGUUAUCAUCGGCAGCACUCUGACCCCUGCAUGCCCUACCUGCAGCAAAGCUUUAAGCAAGAAUACCUGGACCCGCUGUACGAGCGGGCAGCCCACAUGGCGGGACCAGGGCACGGGACCGGACAGGGACACGGGCACGGACACGGGCACGGCCACGGACCUCAUCCCCACCCCCACCCACAUCCACACCCACACCCACACCCACACUCACACCCACACCGGUUCCCACCGGCCCACAUGAUGGUCAAGCAGGAGCCCACAGACUACACCUAUGAACCUGAUGUGCCUGGAUGUCCCUCCAUGUACCACCACAGUGAGGGCUACCCAAACCCCCAGCACAGCAAUGAAGGCUAUCUGUUUGAAAAUGACUCCCGUGUGGUUCCGGAGAAGUUCGAAGGUGAGGUGAAGCAGGAAGGGGGCGGCGUUUUCCGCGAGGGCACGCCUUACCAGCGCCGCGGCUCUUUGCAGCUCUGGCAGUUCCUCGUGGCUCUUCUGGACGACCCGGGCAACGCCCACUUCAUCGCCUGGACCGGACGCGGCAUGGAGUUCAAACUCAUCGAACCCGAAGAAGUCGCCAGGCUGUGGGGCAUGCAGAAGAACCGUCCAGCCAUGAACUAUGACAAGCUCAGUCGCUCUCUGCGCUAUUACUACGAGAAGGGAAUCAUGCAAAAGGUGGCAGGCGAGCGCUACGUUUACAAGUUUGUGUGUGAGCCCGAGGCCCUCAUCUCUCUGGCCUUCCCUGACAAUCAGCGGCCCAGCCUGAAGGCCGAGUUCGAGCGCUACGUCAACGAGGAGGACACAGUGCCCCUGUCGCACCUGGACGAGGGAGUGCCCUACACCCCGGAACAAGCCCCUCAGAACAUGGGCCCUCAGCCCUACUCCAAAGGCUACAUGUACUAAAAGCCAGCCCCCCCCCCCCCCCCCCCCCCCCCCUCCCCUCCCGUCCCUUCCCGUCCCCUUUCUACCCCACCUUCAGAAAUGCCCAUCAGCAUACACACCCCGAAACCCUGCGCACCUCUUGCACAUGCCCACCCCAUCCACUUGUAUAUAAGGCUAUGGUGUUUUUCGUUUUAAAUUAAUCUCAUUAGGGAUUCAUUUUUUUGUUUGUUUUUGUUUUUAAGAGCUGCAUUCCUCACACAUCUGAGGCCUAUUCAAUCCAUAAACAUGACUGUGGUUGAAGAGAUUGCUUAAUAAAUACCCAUAAUAAUACUCAAA